UCAUUCACAGUCCGGUCCAUUCACCACAGUCCCUCUCUGACAGGGCAGCCGAGUCUUGUUUUGCAAAUGGACGUGUUGGAUCUUUCUGCAGACAGACGCAAAGGAUGGUACCUUUGUCUGAUGGCACCAAACACAAAAGGACCAACAUUUGCCUGGCUGGACCCGUCCAGACUCUACUGCAAUCCCCAGGCUCUUGCUGACUGUGCCAAAGACCUUAUUGGUCCAUUUCUCAAUGACACCAUUGACCUGGUUGGUGGGAUAGAUGCAAUGGGCUUCAUUCUUGGGGCGUCUGUGGCCACCACUCUUGGAAAAGGUUUUCUCGCCAUCCGUAAAGCAGGACACCUGUGUGUGACGACAGAAAACCAAAACUACACAGAUUACACAGGCAGAGAAAAGACUAUGGAAGUAAGAGUGGAUGUGCUUAAACCAGGUAUGAGGGUGCUGCUAGUGGACCAAUGGAUAGAGACUGGUGGCACGAUGAAGGCCGCGAUCCAACUGGUGGAGAAACUGGGAGCCACAGUCGUUGGUGUUGCAGCCGUGGCCAUUGAGAACACGGAGGGAGGAAAGUGGAUUAAAGAAAACUACAAAUUCUCACACUGUAUCCCUGAAGAACUCCAGAUCCAGAUUGACGAGAAGCGUCUCAAUUCCUUUAAAGACUUCAAAAACUGAACAAAAAAGCAAGAUUUCCUAUUUUCUCCCUUUAAGAAGCAAACUUGGAAACUGAUAUUUUGUAAAGAGAACAUCAAGAAAUAGUUUUAUCUGCAUUGAUAUUUUGUAGUCUGUUAUGAAAAACUGUGAAAUUGUUGCCAAUUUAUCUAAGCAAUCUUUCGUAUCACACUGUAGCACCUAUCUCUAUGCAAAUAAUACAUUUUUAUUACAUUGCUUCCUAAAAUCUAACAACAUACUGUAUCCUUGCACUUUUGAAUUAAACAUAAACUCCUUUUCAUUUCCAUAGAAAGAUUUGUAUAAACAUUGUUUUCUUUUCUGGGUUGAAACAAAACCAGCAGCUGGCAGACCAUGAAGAGCUAUUUGUUGAAUUCCAUCUUUACGUGCUGCCUGCUAUCAACCAGAGCCCCUGAGGGAUCAAGGGCAGGAAAAAGUCAAAAAAUCAACUCUCUGGUGCACACAGAAACCAUCUUGUUAGCAUGAGAUUGUUUAUCCAUCCAUCUUUGUUUAUUCUUUAUUUAUUUAAAAUUAGGAUGCUAAAUGUAGAAUAGGCUGUAAAUGAUAUGCUGCUAAAUUGUCAAAAGGAGGGGUGAGGAAUAUCCGAUUAAAAUACAACAUAAUAUAAACUUUCAGAAUAAUUUUAAGAACUGUAAAUGUAUUACAUUUUCACAUUUGUACUUAGUAUCUUUGAGUACUCAAAUCUAAGUACUCAUAUUGUAACUUGGUCUUCAGAACAUUUUCCUUCAGGGCCUUCAUACUCACGUUAUUAAUCAUUCCUUUUAAAUGUGCUCCAUGGUCUUUAAUUGAUUCUUCCUUGCUGUAAACCAACGCAAACACCAAAGUAACCUGUAAAAUUUGUGUCCUACACAAACUUUGAACAUUUUUAACAAAAUUUAAUCACAUGACAGUAGUAGCCAAGGGAUAGUUUAAAUCAUGGUUACAAAUUCACUCUUUAAUGCAACAGAUUUUAUAUUUUCAUUAAAAC